AUGUUGAUAACAAUAAUGAUUAUUCUGGCUGUAGGGGGCAAUUUGCUGGUAAUAAUAUCCUACUUUAAAGACCAGAAACUACACAACGCUCAUAAUUUAUACAUUUUUCAUCUGGCCAUUACAGACUGUCUUCUAGGCCUGAUUAGUAUGCCAUUUUAUGCUGCCUAUACGGCUCUUUUGUGGAGUUGGCCUUUUGGGAAAGUUUUCUGUAAGAUAUACAUGUUAUGUGAUUUUACACUGUGUCUUCAAUCAGUGUUAUUGAUUAUCAUAAUUAGCUGGGACAGAUUAAUUCUCGUCCAAUCAGGGGCACAAUACUACGUCAAGGAAUCUCAAAACGUGGCUCUGGUAAAAGUGACAAUCUCAUGGACGUUUGCGUUUUUGCUGUAUGGCCCAGCUAUCAUUGGCUAUGACUACUGGGUUGGUUAUAGUUUGGUGGAAGAAGGUGAUUGUGACGUUGAAUUCUUUGCAGACUUUGGUUUCACCUUGGCUUCAUCGCUAAUAGAGUUUGUCGUCCCUUUUACAUCUAUUGCCUUUAUCAACACACUCGUUUACUUACAAAUCCGAAAACGACAACGAAUAAGGGAGGGUUUAACGAUAAAACCGAAACCAGAGCUAAAAUCCGUUUCCGACAACAAAUCGCACAAGGAUCUGAAGGCUGCAAAAGCUUUGUCCAUCUUAGUAAUAGCCCUGGCGGUAUGCUGGAUACCGUACACCGUUUCGACAAUUGUUAUAGCCUUUAGCCCAAACUCGGUCGACGAAGAUUUGUACGAAAUCCUCAACUGGCUCCUGUGGUUUAAGGCCUCUAUCAAUCCGUUUCUGUACGCUUUUAAGAGUGACAGAUUUCGAGAAAAUUUUGUAAAGAUUUUACCGUUCUUGAGGUAUGCUCUGAAAAUAAAAAAACGUGUCUAUUGA